AUGGUAGAUGUUAUAAUAGAAACAUUAAUUGAUAAUUUUAAUGAAAUUAUAUCACUUGACUAUUUUAAAAAGAUUAAACUAGAUCAAGAUAGAAUUAUCAUAACAGAUAAAUCAGAUAAUGUAAGUAAGAUUAAAUUAACUAGAAAUGAUUCUCUAUAUAACUUAUAUUUAUUUGAAUAUAAAUAUGAAAAUAGAAGUCUUCAACAAUUACAAGAAGAUUUUAAUGAAAUUGUAAUGAAAUUACUGUCCUAUCAAAAGAUUGAAUUAACAGGACUUAAAACUAAAGGAUCAGUUGAUGGUAAAAAAUUCUCACCAACAAUAAUUAUAAAUGCUAGAAGGGUUGAUUUAGUUUAUUUACCUGAUAAAUUAAAAUUUUAUAAAGAAGAAAAGUGUGUUACUAACAAUCAUCAUUGGCAUAUAGUUACUGAUAAUGUUAUAAUAUUAUCAAUAUUAAGUAAGUUAAAUUUGUGUUUUGUAGAUGAUAGAGGUAAUAAUUAUAAAUUAUCUAAAGACUCAGAAGGUAUUUACAUGUAUACUGAUAAAAUAUUUAGUGUGGGUAUUAUUAGUUACUUUAGUAUGUGUUAUCAGAAAACACAGAUUGAGAAAAUCCUUAAAGACUUAAAGGUUAAUGGUGAUUGGAUAAAAGGUUUAGAUCAAAUUGUAGAUAAAAUAAAACGAAAAGAAUCAUUUAAAUUUAAUGAUAAUGAAAGUUUAAGAGACCUUGUUAAUUACACACCUUACUCUUGUAAAAUUAUAGAAGAAAAGUUUAAGAUUAUUAAAGAUUAUUUAUUUAAUAAGAAUUUCUUUGAUAAACAAGCAACUAUAAAAGAAUAUAAAUCAAUUGCUAACAAAUCUAAUCAAACCCUUUUUUAUUUAAAAAAUAAUAAAUAA